AUUUCGAUUUUUUUCUGCCAAACCUAGAGCCAACGGUGACCACGCGAAGUGGAGGCCUAACUGCCACUCAUGUCCCUGUGGAGCCAUGACUGCCCUAGCUAGCCACUUGCACUUACUCCCAGAAUGAUCCCGGCUCUGGGGAUGCGCUGCUGCUCCUUGCACAGGCCGCCUUGCCCCAACGCGAAGCGAAGCAGUCGGCUCGGCACUUGCCGCCAGUGCAAUGGUGAAGUCCAUCCAUGGCGGCGAGCGAGGCUUACUACAGCGAGACUACUAGAGCUAGCUUUCUUGGACGACGAGAGCGCGGGUCACUGAAUAUCGCCCUCAACUGGGCGUCACGAUGACGCGUAGUUGCCGGAGAGACACCCACUACGGCCGCAUUGCCCUCGCGAGAGGCCUUUCGUUUGGCGCCGGUAGACUUAUUUUAAGUACUAGUAGCCUGCUACUGCUGCUUACUACCCUCGUCGGCGUCACUUCUGGAAGCGACUAUCGCGCGGCGGGUUCCCGCCCGACGUACUACCCGGUCUUCUCUCGUAGCUUGCUGUCGUCGUCGAAUCGCGACGGAAUUCGCAGCGCAGGCUUGCCAGCCGUACGGUCGUCGUCAGAUGACUCGCGAGAUGACACGGCAGAUGACACGCUCGACGACACGCUGGAUGCGGUGGAGGAGAGCGCGAACGCGCGGAUGGCUGUGUGGGUGGAGAGCGGCGGCGGGGGGACGGGCGGGGAUGGGAGGAAGGGGAAGCGGGGGAAGGUGAAGUGGCUGCGACGAGGCAUGGCUGCCGCUGCUAGUGGCGAGACGCGAGUAGUAGAAGCAGGAACCAGCGGCAGUGCAAGCAGCACUGGCGACAGCAGCAAUGCCGCCGAAGGGCCAUCACAGCAGCAGCAGCAGCAGCAGCAGCAGCCACCGCAACCCCAGCAGCGGCAGCAGAAGGGGGCCAUCGCAGCCAAGAAGCCACCUCGACGCGGCAGCGCGGCCGGCCCUGUGGGUAUCUCGCCGCAUUGGGGCGGCAAGCGCAAGGCGAAGAAGUGCGGGCGGCGCUGCGGCGUGCUGCACCGCCCCAUCGCCGUGUACCUCGUGUGGUACGGCGCGUUCUCCGCCGCGCAGAAGGCGCUCGUGCGCGCCUUCGUCGCGUCCCUCAGCCCCUCCGCGGACGCCGCUGUCACCAUGCCCCUAUGGUGGAACAUCAACCGGCUCUACUACGACCGCAAUCUCAACUACAUUUCAGGGAAUGUGACUGUAGGGGGGGAGGUGGAGGACGCGGGGUAUUCCCUGGGGACCAUUCUCAAGGACUCCGGUGUGGACACGCUCAUCCGUAACGCGAUUACCAGCGGCCAACUGCCCUUUGACCAAAAUGGAGUGUACUUCGUGCUCUCAGACGAAACCGUGCAGCAGGUGUCAGACGGGCUGGCCUUCUGCUCGGACUACUGCGGCUGGCACUUUUACACCCACGUGCCAAAGCAAGGCCUGCUCGUGUCCUCCUGGGUUGGCAACGCUGGCAAGAAGUGUCGUUCGAGCUGCAUCACGUCGCAGCUGUUCAGCUGCCCCGGCUGUUCUCCCAACAAUGAUGUCGGCAUGGACGGGCUGCUGUCGGUGUUCGCCCACGAGCUUGCAGAGGCCACCUCUGACCCCUUCAUGUCCUCGUGGUUCGACAAUGAUGGAGAGGAGAACGCUGACAAGUGCUCCUGGCAGUACGGAGACAUGCUGUUUGACUCUCUAGACGGUCCCUUCUACAACCUGGUGGGGGUAGACAGCUACAAAUUUCUCAUUCAGCAGAACUGGGACCUCACCAAAGGGACCUGCGCCACCACAGUGCCGUACGCAGCCACUGCUCCCAGGCCGUCGCCUCCCCAGCAAGGCAACCGUGGUGGCCUUGGCGGAUUUAUAGGAAGAAUAAUUGGUGGGAAGCGUGGAUGAGAGUGGUGCAGUGGGAAGGUUAGCUCUGGGUAGAUUGUCACAAGCAAUGCUACCACACCUGCAUUGUUCACUUGUUUUUCCCCCCUCUAGGGGAUGAAGAUGGUUACCAUUUAC